AUGCCACGCCCUCGGAUCUCGAAAGCCUCGAUCGGGUAUUUGCUCAAUGCACCAUUUGUCGACAUGCACGCCAAGUGCAGCCAAGGCGGCGGCGGGUACAAGAUGGCCCUGGACACCCAGCAUGUCUUUUGCCGCGUCGCCCACGUCAUUCACACUGACAAACUCGCGCUCAGUCGGUACAACAUUGUCCCGUGCAAGUUCAAAGUUCCCCACUCCGAGCUGUAUCCCCCCCACCUCCGAGGCUUCACGCUCAACUUUGGUGCGUUUCGGCACGCCCACAAGCGUCACCGCCUCGAUCCGGCCGUCGUGGCGUCGUUGGACGCGAUCGGUUUCGUCUGGGACGCCGCCCAGCACAAAUGGGAGCUGCAGCUGCUCUGCCUGCAAUUGUACAAACUCCAGCACGGGCAUACCAACGUCCCCCGCGCGUUUGACAUCCCAUCCACUGACGCGUGGCCCACCCACUUGUGGGGGCUUCCGUUAGGGGUGAUGGUGAACGACUUACGAAAAGCCAUGAAUACCCUAGCCCCGCCCAAACUCGCUCUGCUGGACGCGUUGGGGUUUGCCUGGAACGCCCAUGAUGUCAUUUGGACAAGGCAACUCGCCGCCGUCACGACCUACGCCGCCCUCUACGGCCAUACGAACGUCCCACGCAUGUUUGUCGUACCGACCAGCGACCCGUGGCCGCAGGAUACGUGGGCUAUGAAGCUCGGGUUUGUGGUGCACAAUCUGCGCACGAAAGCAAGUGGACUCGCCCGCGAACGAAAGGCACAUCUCGAUCGGCUCGGGUUCCACUGGGAUGCCCGAUGGAGCCGCCCAAGGACGGACGCGACGACGCUUACGUCUAUUGAAAUCGUCGAAGUAUGAUAAUAUAACUAACUACCA